UGGUUUCCAGCUGAAAGAGGGGGGAUGUAGAUGGGGUAUUAGGAAGAAACUCUUUGCUGUGAGGGUGGUGAGACCCUGGCCCAGGUUGCCCAGGGAAGCUGUGGCUGCCCCAGCCCUGGCAGUGUUGAAGGGCAGGUUGGAUGGGGCUUGGAGCAACCUGGGCUGGUGGGAGGUGUCCCUGCCCAUGCAGGGGGGUUGGACUAGAUGAUCUUGAAGGUCCUUUCCAACCCAAACCAGGGUGUGAUUCUGUGUUUUACAGGCACUGCUUGCUGUCCAGGGCUUUGCAGGGGUCAUUGCCAGUUGUGGCAUCCUCCACUCAGGGCUGGCAGCCUGAUGGCCUUGCCAGCAGCCAAGGGUUGUGGGGGAGCACAAGCCAUGUUGAGCUGAGUGAGAGGGGUUUGAGCUGGGAAUCAGUCCCUGGCUGGGUUUGGCUGGACCUCUUUGGCUGCAGCUCUCCCAGGUUGGUGUUGGUGCAGAGGUGGCUUCAGGCUGGCUGGAGCAUCCGUGGGUUUGCUCAGCCCGGCAGGAGAAGGUGCUCGAGUCUCCUGGAUACUCCCACCAGGUGUGGAGUGGAGCAAAAAAAGAGGAAUAUAUUCAGGAACUGGAAUACCCAACGCAGAGACCAAAGUCUUCCAGGUCUCAGGGAAGUAAAAACAAUCCAUCUGAGCUCGGGUUGUGUGUGUGGGGGAGACGUUCAAGUGUUGACUCUUGGCUUGUUCCUUUCUGCUGGGCUUCCAUCUUCACUCUCACCCUUUCCCAGAGCAGCUGGGAGGGGAUGCUGGGUCCCCUGGGCUCCAGGGCUCCCUCAGCUAUAAUUAAACAAUGAGAAAGUUCUUAUUUUGAUUGUAACUGAUCCAGCUUCCUGAAAGUGGCAGCUCGCUGAGGGGAGGGUGAAAAGAAGGGGGGGAACCAAACAAACCCUUCACCCCGGCCAGAAAAAGCCUCCUCAGCUCUGUGGCAUUUCCUUGCUUUCUUUCCCCCCCUUUCCAGCCUCCCUUCCCAGCCCCUCUCGUGGCAGCUCUGACAACAAAGGUUGUCAGGAAUUUGGGGUUGUUUUUUUUCUCUCUGAACCUUUGGUGCAGGUUCAGCUUCUGAGGUUUGUAAGAAAGAGCAGGGAAUGGUCCCUGGUGUGUGUGGAAUGGGAGCGACCGGGCUGGGGUGGUUCACUGCAGCUGGAGGCACAAGGAAAAAGGAGGAGAUGGGGGGUGCAUCCCCCCAAAAGAGAGGAGGAGAUAGGGGGGUGCAUCCCCCAAAAGAGAGGAGGAGAUGGGGGGUGCAUCCCUCAAAAGAGAGGAGGAGAUAGGGGGGUGCAUCCCCCAAAAGAGAGGAGGAGAUGGGGGGUGCAUCCUGCAGAAAGAGAGGAGGAGAGGGGGAGGGUGUCCCUCACAAGAGGAGGAGAUAGGAGGAUGCAUCCCCCAAAAAGAGAGGAGGAGAUGGGGGGGUGCAUCCCCCAAAAGAGAGGAGGAGAUGGGGGGGUGCAUCCCUCAAAAGAGAGGAGGAGAUGGGGGGUGCAUCCUGCAGAAAGAGAGGAGGAGAUAGGGGGGUGUCCCUCACAAGAGGAGGAGAUGGGGGGUGCAUCCCCCAAAAGAGAGGAGGAGAUGGGGGUGCAUCCCCCAAAAGAGAGGAGGAGAUGGGGGGUGCAUGCCCCCAGAAGAGAGGAAGAAAUGGGGAGGGGGGUGUCCCACACAAGAGGAGGAGAUGGGGGGUGCAUCCCCUCAAGAGAGGAAGAGUUGAGGGGGUGCAUCCAUCCUACAGAAAGAGAGGAAGAGAUGGGGGGGUGCAUCCCCCAAAAGAGGAGGAGAUGGGGGUGCAUCCCCCCAGAAGAGGAGAUGGGGGUACAUCCAUCAAAAGAGAGGAGGAGAUGGGGGGUGUGUCCCCCAAAAGAGAGGAGGAGAUGGGGUACAUCCCCCCAAAAGAGAGGAGGAGAUGGGGGUGCAUCCCCCCAGAAGAGAGGAAGAAAUGGGGAGGGGGGUGUCCCUCACAAGAGGAGGAGAUGGGGAGUGCAUCCCCCCAGAAGAGGAGAUGGGGGUACAUCCCUCAAAAGAGAGGAGGAGAUGGGGGGGGUGCAUCCCCCCAAAAGAGAGGAGGAGAUGGCAGGGCUACAUCCCCCCAAAAGAGAGGAGGAGAUGGGGGUGCAUCCCCCAAAAGAGAGGAGGAGAUGGGGGUGCAUCCCCCCAGAAGAGAGGAGGAGAUGGGGGGUGCAUCUCCCCAGAAGAGAGGAAGAAAUGGGGGGUGCAUCCCUCAAAAGAGAGGAGGAGAUGGGGGGGUGCAUCCCCCAAAAGAGAGGAGGAGAUGGGGGGUGUGUCCCCCAAAAGAGAGGAGGAGAUGGCAGGGCUACAUCCCCCCAAAAGAGAGGAGGAGAUGGGGGGUGCAUCCCCCAAAAGAGAGAAGGAGAUGGGAGUGCAUUCCCCAAAAGAGAGGAGGAGAUGGGGGGUGUGUCCCCCAGAAGAGAGGAGGAGAUGGGGGUGCAUCCCCCCAGAAGAGAGGAAGAAAUGGGGGGUGCAUCCCUCAAAAAAGGAGGAGAUGGGGGGUGCAUGCCCCCAGAAGAGAGGAGGAGACCUUUUUUGGGUGUGUUUUUUUUGGGUGGGUGGGUGUUUAUGUUGUGCUCUUCCCCUCCCUGGCCACGUCUCCUUCGCAGCAGCACGAGUCCCUGCUGGGGAGGAGCAGCCACAAAGCUUCUUUCUUCUGGCCUUGGCCAGCGUUUUGCUUGGUUAUCUCCAGGCAAGGGCUGUGGACAAAGUAUUUACUGUCCCUGCCAGGUGGCCGUUAUCCCACCAGCACAAGGGAUGGAACUCGUGCUGCUGGCUCCAGCUCCUCAGCUUUGGAAUGAUGGGAGAGAUGCUCUGGGGUUGGGACAUCAAGGGUGGUGGGUCUCCUGCCUUUCGUCCGUCCCCUUUUGGGUCUUCUCCAUGUGGGGUCUGACACGCUCAGCCUGGAGCUGAGAAGGAAAUAGAGCUCAGGGGAGUUUUGGGGACGGUUUCAGGGUGCGUUUGGGUUUUGAAUUUAGGCAGCAAAAUGCUGCUGGGAUGCAGCUUGGUGCCAUCAAGAAGUGCUUCCCAGUCGUUUCUCCCCCAUCUGCUUCUCCUGAGGUGUGGCCCGGGCUCCCCAGAGAGAACUGGAGCAACGGGCCUGAAAGUUAAUCACUGCUGAAAAAGGCUUUAAUUAACUCAAUUAGCCAGACAGUCCAUCUGGACUCUGGGUGAGAUCCCAUGAAAGGAGGUCACAGCUCCAGCCCGGGGGUGGGUGGGACACACAGCGACCGGUUCUGGGUCCGUGCUGGGGUCUCUGCUGCAUCCCUGGGCUUGGAGGGAAUGCAAGAUGGUUUUUUUCCCCCAGGAGGUGUGGGAAAACCAGUGUGUGGAGGUGGAUCCUAAAUGCUUUGGGGUGAGCAGGGCUGGCUUGUUGGUUUGUUUGGGGUUUUUUUUUUUUCAUUCCUCUGCCUGAUUUUUAGCACCUUGACCCACAGCGGGACAGGUCAGAGCAGCUGGUGCCUCUGCAGCUCCUGCUCUGCCUAUUCAUAGGGGUUAUGAAAAUGUGCACCAACUCUGGGAUGCAGGACAUGACCAGGCAUGGAAAACAGGGAGCCAAAAAAACAAAAGAGAAAAGCUUUAGCCCAGAGGAAUGCAGGGCCCUGCAGCAGGGAUUUGGGGAGGGUGAGUGUUUAACCCCCUGAGUGUUUAACCCCCUCUGCGACUUGAUUCUUGUUUGAAACCCUCCCCUCCCAAGCAUCCUGGGGGAAGCUGCUGGGCCAGCCUGCUGCCAGCUCUGCUGCCUGGCCAGCAUGUGAAGGCAGAGAUGCAUCCUUUAGGGAAUGGGGUGGGAUGCGGGUUCCUGAAGGGUUUUUGGUACCAGUGGGAUAACGCUGGGGGGAAACUGAGGCACGGAGCGUCACUGCUGGCUCCGUUCAUGCAGCAGGGCCACCAGCUGAGGGUCCAACCCUGAGGCUCUGGAGUCGUGGGCAUCCCAAAACGUGCUUUCGAAUCACUUGACAAGUGCAUUGAGGGGAGGAAAAAUAAUAUAUCACCAUGUCUGGACAGUCGUGGGGUCAGGCAAGAUAAGAAGGGAGAGAAGUCUGCGUUUUGGCUUCGUGUGGAGGUGGCUGGAAAUGCUGGUGCUGCAUCGGGUGGGCACUUGGAGCAGGGAAGGGGAGGUGUUUGGCUUUGGGCAGCUGCUGUGAUUGCCCAUUUUGGGGGCUGGUGGGCCAGGGGGUGCUGAGUAUCCACGGCCCAGCUCAUCCCUGCAUCCCGGGCAGUGCAGAGGAAUCCAAGCAUCAGCCCCGUUUGCUUUGGAUGUGUGGGAAUCACUUGGGCCCAAGAAGUCUGAGCCUGACCCCUUAGCGUUCCUCCAGAGGGCUGCCAACUUCAUCCUCCCUGUUGCCUUGGAGUAUAAAAAUCCUCACCCCUCUUCCUGCAGACAGAAAAUGUGAGUAAUGGUGGAGAAAUUUGGGCUGGGGCCCAGCGGGGGGGGAUCGGAAAUCCGGCUGAGCACACGGCUCUGCCUUCUGAGCUGAGAGCUCCCAGAGGAAUCAUGGAGCAGAUAAACAGCAGAUCCUGAAGGAUUAUAUUUUAUGUUGGUCGCUCUUCUUUAUCUCCCUUGAAACUUCACUCUGCAAAACUUGGAAAUGGCUCUUUUUUUUUUUUUUUUCUCUUCCCUUUUUAUCACCUCGGGAUGUUUGGUUUUAUGCUGAAGGACCAACACGUCCCUGUUGAAAGAGAAGCUGAGAGGAGUAAGCCCUAAAUGGAAGGGAAAUAAAAUAAUGCCAGCUGUCUUGUGA